UAAAUUAGAAUAGACGGUUCUUUGUCAAACGAGCGACAAGCGUCGAUGAUGAAGUUCGCACAUUUUGUUUCGCUGUUUCUUGUCUGCGUUUUGAUGGUUCAUGCUGUCGAUGGCAGAAAACACCACCGUCACAUGAAACGAGGGAAGGAGCGAAUGAGGCCAGAGGAAGGUGCGAGAGAGAUCGUGCCUAAGUUAGUGCGAAACACCAACAAAGCUACAGAUGCUGUCCUUGACGUAGUCAAAAAUGAUAACAAGGCUACUGCUGAGAACAAGGUGCUGCCUCUGAUUAAACAAGAUACAGCCAUAACAGCUUCUGACGUCCAAGUAGAAGCAGAAGAACUUCCCGUCCAAACAAAACACCGCAGAGGCCGUAAGGGACGCGAACGGUUUGCUUUCCGCAAGAAGGACGAAGGUUUUCACAAGCACAAACGCGGCUUCCACAAAAGGCAUCGUGGCCACCGGAAGCGUGGCCACCCAAAGAUCAAUGAGGAAAACUUGAACAUCAAGAACUUGGGCAAACUCAUAAAGAGAGCGAAGCAUAUGGGUAGGAAGCAAAACCGCGAGCAACUGAAAAAAGACAAUACACCUUAAACGGAUUUUUUUUCAGAUUUUCAUGUAUUCAAUACGAUUUAACUUUUAAAAGCAUUUAUCGCUGCUUUAGUCUCGGCCUUGAAGGAUACCAGUUUUCCUUAAAGUGAUGUAGCAAAUUGCAGUUACAAUCGUUCGUAGAAAUAGUGUAAAAUGAGUUAUGGUUUUCGAUUUCGUAACUUUGUGUGAGGUCAAAUCUAUAUCCACCCACACGGUUCUGCUGUGAAAUGCUUAGCGAUAUCUUCUGCUCUGAAGCAUUUGAUUAGAAAUAAAAGAUAAAAUCUUGACGUAAA